AUGGAUUUGUUGAAGUACAUUUUCCCGAAGGCGAUGCCGACCGGAAGGUUAGCUAAGUGGCAAAUGCUGUUGAAGUAUGAACCACUCAAGACUUAUUUUCACAAUGAAGAAGUAUUGUUUGUGGGUGAAGAUAUUUCUGAAAUAUAUCCUGAAUGGAGAUUAUUCUUUGAUGGAACGGAAAAUCACCACGAGAAAGGUAUCGGAUUGGAAUCUGGUCAGCUCUAUCCCAUGGCGGCCAAGCUCCAAUUUAAUUGCACGAACAAUAUGGCCGAAUAUGAAGCUUGUAUCCUUGGUUUGAAAAUGGCCAUUGACAUGAAUGUCCACGAACUAUUAGUUAUUGGAGACUCAGAUUUGUUGAUUCAUCAGGUUCAGGGAGAAUGGGCCGUGAAGAACCCAAAGAUCACACCGUACGUGCAGUAUGUACAAAAGUUGUGUAAGAUAUUCCGCAAGAUUAAGUUCAGGCACACUCCUAGAACGCAGAAUGAGUUAGCUGAUGCUCUUGCCACAAUCGUGUCGAUGAUUAAGCAUCUAGAUGCAGAUUGCAUUGAUCCUCUAGACAUCGAGCUGAAAGAAUAUUCCAGUCUAUUGUUCACACGUUGA